AUGGGUCUCUCCAGAUUAUCCCCCGAGCUCAUUCUCAUGGUCGCAGAAAGCCUCGACUCGGAAAAAGCGACGGAAAAAGCGAUCAACCCUCUGACUCGAAUAAAUCGAUUCUUCUACUCCCUGUUGAAUCCCUUUCUCUACCGCUACCAUGCCCGAAACGACGUUGAGCUCUCUGCUUUACAGCAUGCCGCAAGACGGGACCUCCCAGGGGUGAUUGAACACCUUGUCGAUGCUGGUGUUAGUCUCCACAGUCGGGAAGCAUGGUUUGGCUAUUCGUUCUACAGAAGGCCUAAGUACGACCACCCGAUUGUCUUAGCUGCAAAUUCAGACCACGCCAAUGUCAUGGAGACGCUGUUGGACAAAGAAGAACUGACUAGCGGGCUCACCGAAAGACACUUCUCUGAUAUGAUGUACUGGGCAGUGCAGGACAACCAGGCCAAAGCAGUGAAGGUGCUGCUGGACCGAAAAGUGACGGAUCCAUGGACCGAUGAUCCUAUCAUCGCCAGCGCUGCAGAACGCGGCCGCGUUGAUAUUGUGAAUCUACUGCUGAAAGAUGCAGAUGAACGGAUAAAAACAGGCCUCCUGUCUGAAACCCUUCGGCAACGAGGAAUAGACGAGGCGUUGCUUCAAGGGAUAGGAACACAGAAUCCUAAAAACAUACUCACACUAUUGCUGAAGGCGGGGGCUGAUGUCAAUUUCGUUGCUAAGUGGGGGCGUAUCCAUCUCGUUCCUCUCGGAGAAGCUGCGCACUACAAACAUGUGGGUGCUGUGAAGCUUCUCCUUGAGGCCGGGGCAGACCCCAAUCUUAUGAAAAACCGAAAGUGGGGACCACUUGCGCGCGCAAUACAACCCUGGCAUGGUGAUAUCACUUACUCAUGGGACCCCCCCGGGCACGAGUUAGAAGAUCCUAGCCGACAACCAUUACCUCGUCCAAUGUCACCCUCCGUCAGGGAGAUCUUCCGUCUCCUUUUUGAGUAUAGAGCGAAACCAUCUCGAGCUGGGGGUAGCUGGGCACUGCACCGUGCUGUGGUUUAUCAAUGUUAUGAGGCGGCACACCUGUUGAUCGACAAGGGUGCUCAAAUCACUCCGUCCCAUGUCAACGAUUCUCAGCAAGCGGCCUUGAACCAAGCGGUAGCGGAUCGCGACUUUGAAGCUAUCAAGGCUCUAGUGCCCAAAGAGUGGUCUACAGAUGCCUAG